AAAUAAGCGUUGAUAAGAAGUUGUGUCUACAUGUAGAAUACGCUUUUGAUCUAUUAUAAGCGAGAGUAUAAUGAGUUACAGAAGAAUUCAUUAUCUUUUUUGUUUUCCAUGUGUACGUAUGUAGUCUCACGAUCGUGUGCCGCACACAUAUACAUACUCAUUGUCCACCUCUCUUUGCAUUUCACACGUUUUUGAGCGAUUUAGACGCGACAUAGCAUACCGGGGAUAUCGUAUAACAUUCCAAAAUUAGGAGAUGGUAAAUAAUUGAAUAUUGAAAGGGCUCGUGACGGCGAUCGUUUUAAAAAUAAAUUCCUCGGACAAAUCGGCCCGUCCCUGAGUAAUCAAUAUGGCCUCCAGGUCUACACGGGGCACGCUGGUGUUGCAUAGAUAUUUCUCCGAAAAACUUUAGAACGGAUAGUUUCUGUGAUAAUGCAAUUAGUCAAGCUGUUAAAGUGCGUACGGAGAGAUAUUUUCGUAGUGUUUAUCGGGGUAUCGGCGACAGUAUUCAGUCAGAAAGUAAAUUAGAAGGUGUUCCACCGACGAUAUAGUUAUACUUUAAAUACUACUGCGGAAGGCCAUCGACAACGUUCGAGUUACGGUUCGGCGUUCGGCGAUUAAUUCAUCGAUCGUCCUUAACUACGAUGAGGUGUCCUUAUAAAUUGAAAGACACGUAGCUUUCAGUUAACAUUUGAUAUUAUGUCGGAUGACAAGAACAAAGAAGAUGCCACGAUGGAGGGUUGUGAAAAAGGGGGCGAAGGAAAAGAUAUGGCUGCCGAAAAGGUCGAAGAUAAGGUCAGCAUUCAACAAAUUCUCGAGGGUAUGACCAACGAAUUUAACAAGAGCAUUAACCCCUUGAAGAAUGCCGAGAUUAACCGAUCGGAAAAGUCCGAUCAAGACAAGACCGACGAACCGACAGUGACGUCCGACGAUAUGCCACCGAUCGAGAAAGAAUCCAUCGGGGAAAAGGAUGAGGAACCCGUCUCGACGAAACAAAAUAACGUAGACGCGGUGGCAAAAGAGGAAAAUCAUAAGGAUGACGAGACCAGUGGGAAACAGGACAUUUCGAAAAAAGAUAACGCGAUUCCGCGUAUUGUCCUUACAUUUAGAACAAUUGACGAGAACACGGAUCAUGGAAAAAAAACAAAAAUAUCCAGCUGUUCCUCCAACCUUAUCACUCUGGAUCCUGAGGAAUUGUCGAACUGUGACCAGAUUGGUGGUGUCUCUGUUAAAAUAGAAAACUUGGAUGAAAACUCUGACACUGUUGAGAAAUCUGAUACAGAGGAGGGGAAAGUAGAUAAAUCAUCAAAAAAUAAGAUAAACAAGGAACCAGAGAAGGCUGCAGAAGAAACAAAACCUGUUAAAGAGGACGUUGAAUUGAAAACAGAAGAUAAGAUCGAGGUUCCCAAUGAGAAACCAAAAGCUGAUGAAGCAGAUGCUUUGCCAGAACCUAAGGAACAACUAAAUCAAAUAGAUCCUAUGACUCCUGUUACCAGAAAGAGAAGAACAGGACGUCCAAGACUGAGAGCACUUAGUGAUAACGUAGAAGAAGCACCAUGCCCCAAACGUUCAGCAAGGAGAUUAUGCAAGGAAUCAUUGAAAAGCACCGUACUGGAGAGUGCAAUGGCAAGAAAAGAAAAAUCUAAUUAUACAGAAGAGAACUUGCAGUUUAAAAAACAAAGAAAGUACAGUAAACCUGGAAGGCCUAAGAAAAUCCAAGUGCAACCGAAAGAUCAAAGCAAACAAGCUAAACCACCUGAGAUACGUCAAGAAGUAGACAAUUCCAUUUCAGAUGGAAACAUUAGUAUUUCAGAACUAAAUUCGACGUUAGAGUGUUCUAGGAAAAGUACCAUAUCGGACGUUAGCUUAAAUGAGAUUAUUUUGGAUGAACCUCAACAUUUUUCAUCCGACUUCGAUGGUAUGCCAAAGUUGUCUCCCAUGAUAAAAAGCUCAGAUUCUCAAACCAAGUUGAGCAACUCUAUUGGCAGUCCUGCAAGCGAUGAUGUGCCUUUAGCAGAUAUUGAGAAACCAUUUUUGAAGCCUGCUGCUGGCAGACCUAAGAGAGAAAGGGGAAGACCUAGAGGAAGUCAAGCUGCUAGGAAAAUAGCUAAAGCAGAUUCGUUCGAAGAUGGAUCGGUAUCAAUCGCUGAAACAGGCAAGAACAAUGAUUAUCCUGAAGGUAAUAUUCGAAACUGUUUGUUUCACGGAUAAUAAUUGUUGUAGAACGAUAAUUUCAAUGAACGCAAUAUUUUAGAAGGUACUGUACCCGCUAAAAGAACGAGGAGAAGUAUGGCUCCGAGUCCGAGUCCAGCAGAAGGACAAGCCUCGAAACCAGAAUCAACAGCAAUCAUGAGCGAAACGUAUGGCCAGUCGAUGUUGUGUUUAUGUCAAGUAAGAUCUCAAUUAUACGUAACCAUAACUGGUAGCGGUGCACCCUUAUAUUGUACCGCAAUAGAUGCAAUUGAUAAUAGAUUAGUAGGAUGCUGCAACGAAGUAGACAGCAAUGACGUGGCAAUGAGAAGGCCGAGUACUCGUGUUCCUUUCAUCAUACUGUGCCGAAUGCACAAAGAAAGGCUUCUGAGGCAUAACUGUUGCCCCUCGUGUGGCCUGUUUUGCUCGCAAGGCAAAUUUGUGCAAUGUAUCAACGGCCAUCAGUAUCACCGCGAGUGCGAGGUUUAUCCGAAUAAAAAAGGAGUAUGUCCGCACUGCGGAAACGAAAGCGCAGCUUACGACGUGAUGGUCACUAUGAGCGGUUUGAGAAAACCGGUAUUCAUCCCUACUCGAAAGAAGUUUUCGAAACUACCUUCGGCGAAAAUGAGCUUGCCGGGGAAAGGUGACAAUACGAAACUGGCAGAACGUCCGCCUAGUCCUCUAAUUCAACCGGACAUAAUUAAAAUACCGGAGCCAUCCAUUAAUACCGAGAGGCCGGAACGAUACACUAUCAUGAGCCUCUACACUUCUGUGAAAAACGGAGAUUUAGAGAAAUUGGUCAAUGUUUUAGCAUGCGGAUAUAACGCGAAUCACACAUUCCGAGAUUAUGCUCAUCGUACUGGGCUUCAUAUAGCCGCCGACAAAGGCCAUUUGUCUUGCGUACACGUGUUAGUACAAGCAGGCGCUCAAUUAGACGUGAUGGAUAGAAAUCAAUUGACACCGCUAAUGUUGGCCGCCAGCAGAGGUAAAGCUGAAGUGGUGAAAUAUCUGGUAAGGAUAGGAGCCGACGUUACGUUGAAAGGCGAAGACGGUAUGACAGCCUUGCAUAUGGCUGCCAAAUCUGGUUAUUUGGAUGUUUGUAAAAUAAUUUUGACUGAGUGUAAAGCACCAAGAACAUUAGUAGAUUCUGUGGACGAUGGUGGGUGGACUAGUUUAAUCUGGGCUUGUGAAUUUUGUCAUACCGAUGUCGCACGAUUUCUCUUGGAAAAAAAAUGCGACCCUUUGAUUCGUGACGCGGAACAGAACAUUGCGUUACAUUGGAGCGCCUAUAGCGGAAGUUCAGAGAUUACAGAGAUGUUGCUUAAUGAAGGCUGCGACGUGAAUGCUGUUAAUGUUCACGGCGAUACACCUUUACACAUUGCUGCGAGACAAGAUCAGUACGCAGUUAGUGUUCUUUUAUUGGCUCGUGGUGCCAAGAUCGGAGAAGUCAAUGCCGCUGGAGAAACAGCAGUGAACUGCUGCACGAACGACGGUGAUACUAUGUCCGCUUUAAGAUUAAAUGCCAAAGUCAACGAACUUUCUGAACACAUGUGGGAGAAAACUGUGAAGAUAUUAACUAAUGACAUUUCACGUGGCAAGGAAGCGAAUCCUAUACAAUGUGUGAACGGCUUCGAUUCUGAAGAUAAACCUACAGAUUUCCUCUACGUGACAGAGAAUUGUUUUACUAGUAAUAUAAAUGUCGAUCGUACGAUAACGUCUUUACAAUCUUGCCGGUGUGAAGACAAUUGUAGUUCUGAAAAGUGUCUAUGCGGAAACAUAAGCUUAAGAUGCUGGUACGAUGAAGAGGGAAAGCUGAUUCCUGAAUUUAAUUAUGCAGAUCCGCCAAUGUUGUUCGAAUGUAACCCAGCCUGCGACUGCAAUCGUAUAACGUGUAACAAUCGUGUCGUCCAACAUGGUUUGACGCAGAGAUUUCAAUUGUUCCGAACCAAAGGUAAAGGAUGGGGCCUGAGAACGUUGCGGCACAUUCCGAAAGGUUCCUAUGUAUGCGAGUACGUUGGUGAGAUUAUUUCAGAUUCUGAAGCGGAUCAUCGGGAGGACGAUUCUUAUUUGUUUGACUUAGAUAAUAGAGAUGGAGAAACGUAUUGCAUCGAUGCGAGGCGUUAUGGGAACAUCGCACGCUUCAUAAAUCACUCAUGCGCACCUAAUCUAUUGCCAGUGCGAGUGUUCGUCGAGCAUCAGGAUUUGCACUUUCCUAGGAUAGCGUUUUUCGCGAAUCGCGACAUCGAGGCGGAUGAAGAGCUCGGCUUCGAUUACGGAGAGAAAUUCUGGAUAAUAAAGUGCAAGUCGUUCACAUGUACCUGUGGAGCCGAAAACUGCCGAUAUUCCGAGAAGACUAUACAAGUUACUUUGGACAACUACCGCAGAAAAAUACAGCAGGAAGAAAUGCUGGCAGCUCAAUCAUCGUAAUCCCAAAACCGAUCUAGCGGAUUCUAUGCACUUACAAUAGUCUAGCUUAUUAUUUUAAUGUUAUCUUUUCUUAUUACUCGGUCGGGUCACCCAUACAUAGAUUUUUUGAGCGGUUUAUUUGCAUUGAUGUUCGUAAACGGGCCGUAAAUUUGAAAAAAAAAAAUACAAGUACAAAUGGUGGUGGGUUUUUAACUUAAGGCGAUUAGGGAAAGCGUCGUAUGUCAUUUGAGCUAAGAAGGAACUACGUUUCUCUUAUUGCAAGUUCGUCGAAACGCAAACUCGUGUCCGUAUUUAAUUUAAUCGAUUCAAUCGUAUUUUAUUAUUCGUUUUCUGCUGAUUGUCUUGUGAAUUGAACACCACGAGAUGUGCCACUUUGUGACUUUAACUUUUUUUUAUCUAAGCCGUUGACAUGCAUAAUAUAUAAUUGUUACAUAGUUCUCGUACGUACUGUAAAUGAAUGCCUGUUGUUUAUCAUUGUUUUUACGAAUGUGCGGUCGUGAUUAGGAUUGAAAUAAACUAUUACUAUCGCUACUGGUUCGUAAAGUACAUAAUUAUGAAUGCAUUAAAUUUGAAAAUCGUAACAAGUCUUACUAUGAUUGUAGUUACGAAUUCGAUAACCGCUUGUUCGAUUUUAAGUGGUAAUUGUUUACGAAUCACGAUGCGAACAUUUUAGAACUUAAGGAUAUACCUUUUUGUACAAACUAUUAAUUUUUUGUAUAAUAAAAAAAGUAUAGUUCUUUUUAA